GUAACAUAAACACAAUCUCUCCUGCCCAUAGUCCGCGCAGCCGAGGGUGGGGUGGGAUUCCUGGCGUAGUCAAGCACCCGCUUAAAUUGUCAUCCUUUGCCACAAGAAUGUUGACAGGUAAUGAACCGUUGUCUAUCCUGCCUCUGAACUCUCUACCAGAGGAGAACGUGGGCAGGGCCCACUACAAGCUGUGUGACCGGCUCAAACUGGAAAAGAAGCAGCGCAGGAUGUGCAGACGAGACCCGGGCGUGGCGGAGACCCUGAGAGAGGCCAUCACCAUGAGCGCCCUAGAAUGCCAGUAUCAGUUCCGCUUUGAGAGGUGGAACUGCACCUUAGAGGGGCGCCACCGAGCCAACAUACUAAAGAGAGGAUUUAAAGAGACAGCCUUCUUGUAUGCCAUCUCCUCGGCGGGCCUGACCCAUGCAAUGGCCAAAGCUUGCAGCGCAGGACGCAUGGAGCGCUGCACAUGUGACGAGGCCCCAGACCUGGAGAACCGCAAGGCGUGGCAGUGGGGAGGCUGCGGAGACAACCUCAAAUACGCCAACAAGUUUGUCAAAGACUUCUUGGGCAAACGCUCCAACAAGGACCUGCGUGCACGUGUGGACAUGCACAACACAAAUGUGGGCAUGAAGGUUAUCAAGGCCGGAGUGGAGACCACUUGCAAAUGCCACGGAGUCUCUGGCUCCUGCACCGUCCAGACCUGCUGGAGGCAGCUCUUGCCCUUCCACGAGAUCGGCAAGCAGCUGAAGCAGCGUUACGAGACCUCCGUCAAGGUCGGAAGCUCCACCAACGAGGCCACGGGGGAGGCAGAGAUCUCCACGGGCCGGAGCCAGCAGCCACAGCCGCAGCCCCUGCCUGGCCUGAACGAUCAGAUCCCUCGCACUAUGGACUUGCUCCACAUCGAGGACUCGCCCAGUUUCUGUAGACCCAGCAAGUACUCGUCGGGCACGGCAGCCCGCAAGUGCUACAAGGACAAGAACUGCGACGCUAUCUGCUGCGGGCGAGGCCAUAAUACUCAAAGUAGGGAGGUGACCCGGCCCUGCCAGUGCCAGGUGCGCUGGUGCUGCUACGUCGAAUGCAAGCAGUGCACACAAAGAGAAGAGGUCUAUACCUGCAAAGGGUAAACCAAUCACCUGUCAGCCCCUACGAUCAGUGGAGCAAGUGAAAGAUGGUUGCGUAGAAGAGGAGUGGUGGUUUUGUUCUCAUACAAAGUUUUGCUUCCACUGUUGGAACAGUGUUCUGCAAACAAAAGAGGAGCGAGCCGAUGGAGAAGCAAUAAGCACUUUGAGGGAUUUCUGUGGGCUGGCUUUCAGAGCUCCUGUGGCCCCCAUGUCUGGGGUUUGCAGAUGAAAAAAACCUUCUCAGACAACUGGGUCAACAUCUCAAGCUUUUUUAAAUCACAGUUUUGCCUUGAAGAGAGAAGCUUUUAUUUUCCUAUUAAAAAAAUUCAAUUGCAUCUUUUCACAAGAAAAAACAGAGAUAAGUGUCCAGUCGAUGAGGCUCCAACACAAGGACGGUAACACAAACAGACUGGUUUCUGGGUCCUUGCCCAAAGAAGAAUGGUGUGUAUGUGUGUUUGUCAAUCUUUACAUGUGUAUGUUUGUAUGUGAGCACGUGAUGGGGGGAUAGUGAGGGGGAGGGGGGUUCGAAUGACGACUUUUAUGGCAAUGAAAUCCAUAUUCAGAGACUGCUAAAAAGAAAAAAAAAGACAGGGUGUAAGAUUUACUCUACACGCACAUAUUUACACUCACACACAUUGUGUGUUUGCAUUUGUAUGUAAAUAAAUUCAGUUAUAUUGUAAUGAUAUUAUACAAGCCACUUAUCUAACUAUGUUAAAACAAACCACUAACCACACAAAUGUUUUGUUGUUUGUGUGCUCUCGCUCAUUUUUCUUCUUGAUUCAUGUUGACAAGGCCCUUUGGAAAGCAGCACACUUGUGUCCGUCGUCUUGCUGUGGAUAAUUUAUAAUUCCUUUGGGACUACUCCUUCACAGGGAGAAAAAAAGAUCUCAUUUUUUUGUAAUAAUAUAAUAUGAAGCUGUUAGUAAAUGCAUUAACAGGAAAUAACUAAACCAGUCAGUUUAGGCUAUUCUCGGCCUUGAGCGAACCAGUGUUCAGGGAAUAACUUAAACCACUAUAACUAUUUGGAUAAAAUAGGAGAGAUAUUGUGCAAAUACAAAUAAUAUCCUAGUUGGAGGUGACAGUGGCCUUGUUAUUACAGCUGACACCAUUGCAACAGGUGAUCACUUACCAGUGGUCCACGUGUGACUCGGAUCAGAAAUUGUGGAGCUCUGCGGAGCUUACUUUUUAUUUUUCUUUUUGUUUAACUUUUAAUACUUUGAAGUUGUAAAGAAAACUGUGGAGAACUGGAGGAAUGUAGCCCCCUACCAUUUCACAUCCUUCUUUACUCUUCAGCUGCCACGAUUUGAUUGAGCCAUAUUCAACACAUGUAGACAUGCAGCAUGUACAGUGGGACCUGCGUCAGUCAGUCCAAACCGUAUGGGGCAACUGAGACGGUAAUCUAACUUGACGUGUCUGCAGAGUUGCUCAAGUGAAGAUGAAUGCAUAAGUCUCAUAGCUAAUAUAAAUAUAUUUUAUAAGACUAAUAUUUGUGUAAUGUUCGGCAAAUUGUUGUCUAAAUGGAGACGUUGGGGUUUUGCAAAUCAGCUGUCUUUAUUCAAAAGUCAGUGAAGUUGUUAUAACUCGAGUUAAUUUGCUUUUUUAUAUUGUCAUUGUGGCACAAAGUGCCACAGUUAACACAAUGCAGCAUACUGAACCCUGCCAUGCAUCUACAGUAACAGUUUAAAGGAACAGUUUGACGUUUUGGGGAAACGCUCUUAUUCAUUUUCUUGCCUAGAAUUACAUGAUUGUACCACUCUCAUGUUUGUCUGAAAAAUAUAAGGCUAGCAGCCAGUUAGCUGAGUUUAGGAUGAAGACUGGAAACAGGGAGAAACAGCAAGACUUGCUCAAUCCAAUGGUAGCACCUCUAAAGCUCACAAGUUAGCAUUUUUAUAUCUUGUGUCGUCUUGUCUCUUGCUGUUUUUACCCUACAGCUUUUGUACAGGUUAAACAAACCAGAUAUAAAGCGUUAAUAAGUGAGCUUUAGAGAUGCUGGUAGAUGGAUUUUGUUACCUUCGGACAAAGCCAGACUAGCUGUUUCAUACUAUUUAUGUCCUCAUCUAAACUCUUGGAUAGAAAGUGAAUAUAUUUCCCCAAAUAUUAAACUAUUGCUUUAAGACAUGAAGUCAAAGGUUUAAUUUUUAUGAGAAAUGCCUCUGUACACACAGACAAUGCAGAUAAUAAUAUUUCAUUGUAUUCUCAGCACUCUCAGAACAUUAUGUUAUAUACUAUAAGAUAUGCCUUGUUUUAGAUGGGUGUGAAUUAACUACUGAGUGAGGGACCCAGCUUUGUAUUAUAGCGCCAUUCACGCACUGAAGCCCCAAAGCCCUUUAAAGUAUUUUAAGAUCUGUAUUUAUGGAUACAGUGCAGUGCAGAAUCUUUUUUUUUUCCUUCCUUAAAAAAAAAAAUGUAAAUAGCAAAGGUUUCUACUCCUGUGGUAUAGAAACUAAAGUGAGGCACAUGUUCAACUCUCACAAGCAAAUGAAACAGAAAUUGGUGGCAAAAAGACAUGUUAGGGUGAGACGUUUGUGGAAACAGCACGCAGCUGCCGUAACAAGACGAUUACAGAUUGUAAUCAGUGACACAGCACCAUGCCAAACAUCCUUAAACAUUUUUUUUUUAUCUUUGACAGACUUAGAGUAUUAUUAAUAUUCAAAAUCAAAUCACCUAGCAAUAUCAUGCUUUAGGAAGCGUGCCUUGCAUGGGUUAUUUGUCCUGAGGGGAUGAAUUCCAAGCAUUUUGAUAUGAGAAGGCAUGCCAAAUAAAGACUGGUCAAAACAUAUACAUAGAACUUUGCACGCUACAUGGAAACCAUAAUAGCUAUGCUGAGACUCGAAGCAUAAAUGCCUGCUUCCCACAGCUUUCGGUGUGUGCGCUCUCCACACACAAUCUCCCUGGCCCAAACACACUGAGGUUCUCUACAAUUGAACAGAUUCAAAACAGGCAUGGCAGGAAUACCAAAUGCCCACCAAGUGCAUUUUUUAUUUGUUUAUACAUUGUACAUAGGCCUAAAAUUUUCUCCCGAGAGUGAGGAGCAUGAUGCAGCAGCCAGACAGUUUUUAGAUGUCACAGUCGUCCAUAUUCUCAAAUCCAAAACUCUGCACUGUUUAGUCGUCAGUGGAUCAUGUACAAAAUUCUGUUUUGUAGAAAAAAAUAAAAGAUAAAUUAUUUUUAAAUAUAUUAUGAGCAUGUGUUUAGUGUAAAUAAAGUCAAAGUCUAAAUUGAUUUUAUAUCCUGUAUUUUUUACUCUGUUUUUCUUUUGGGUGUUUGUUCCUUUUUGGGGUGGAGGCUUCAAGAAGCAGUGUAUACUUUAAACAUAUUUCAUAUCUCAUCAUUUUCUGUUAUCUAAGCACUAACAAAUCCUAACAAAUUUAGAAUCAACUCACCUUUAGCUGUCUUUUAUUCAUGCGCACGAUCAUCAUGACACAUCUUUGAGAGUAUUCAAACAAAAUCACAGUCAUCAUCAUAAUUGUUUUAUAGGAUUUGAUCUGUUUGUAUAAUCGACUUUUGUGAAAAGACUUUGUAAUGUUGGUUAUCACCAUAUGAUGCAGUAUAAACCCCUGAUUGCAUCAGUGUGGACUAGUUUAUACUCACCUUUGGAUCACUUUACAUGUGCAUGUACUUUUUGUUAGGAUUUGUGCUGUGCUUGUAAAAGGUAAAACACACCAACCAUGUAUUGCCCUUUGUGAUGAUACUACACCAACAAAGCUUUGUCCAUGUUCACUUAUUCAUGUCUUAUGGGAACCCUAAAUUAUUUUCCUCUACCUCAUGUGUAUAGCUUGUAGGUAUAAACAGAUCACAAAUGACUGGUAAGAAUGUAUUUAAGUUAUUUAACAUCUUUGUAUAACAAAGGCGAAAAAAAUCUGAAAUAAUAAAUGAAUUUUUAAAUUA